GAGAGUGUAACAGGCAGUGGAGCAGUGGAGGAUAAGGACAGAACCGGAGGUGUCUCUUACGCCACAUUUAAAUAUCGAGUUUUUCAUUUCUUGGUGGAGGCUGUCACAUUUUGUUUCAUGUGUUGGAACCUGGUCAUCGCGGAUUGUCGUAGAGUUUAAUGGCUUUUAUUUUCUAAGGAUGUGUAGACGGGCUAGCGCGUUAGCCGUUGAGGCUAGACGGAGCGCGAGCUGAGUGCGAGCGGGGCUCUGACGACCGAUCUUCAAGUGGAAGCACCGGAGAGGAUUUUCUCUCCGCCUUUCCGCUCAAUCACGGCGGCUUCGGUGCGACCAGAGACUUGUCGUGCACUAGAGAUUCUGCAGUUCCAGACGUGGGAAGUUGCUUAUCUUUUCACCCAGGGCUCGUCUGAGCCGAGGAGGGCAUUUUGGAAGCCGGGCCUGUGGUGGUUUGGAGCGAGGCCCUUGAUGAGUGAGCCACAGCAGACUCCAUUCUAGCUAGCUGGGGGACUGCGAAACGAGCAGAGCAUAAAGACGACCGACCGUCCGAAAGCAACAAUACUCUCUCUCACACUAAAAACCCUAAAGACUCCUGUCACAGCCAUGGCUGCGAUCAUAAAGGAAUUUGUCAGUAGAAAUAAAAGGAGAUACCAAGAAGACGGGUUCGACUUGGACUUGACAUACAUUUAUCCUAACAUAAUAGCUAUGGGUUUCCCUGCUGAAAGACUGGAGGGUGUAUAUAGAAACAACAUAGAUGAUGUAGUGAGGUUUCUUGAUUCAAAGCAUAAAGAUCAUUACAAGAUAUAUAACCUAUGUGCAGAAAGACAUUACGAUACUGCCAAAUUUAACUGCAGAGUUGCACAGUAUCCAUUUGAGGAUCACAAUCCUCCUCAGCUAGAGCUCAUUAAACCUUUCUGUGAAGAUUUGGAUAAAUGGCUCAGUGAAAAUGACAAUCAUGUGGCUGCCAUUCACUGCAAAGCUGGAAAGGGAAGAACGGGUGUCAUGAUUUGUGCGUACUUGUUACACCGAGGCAAAUUCAAAAAAGCACAAGAGGCUCUGGACUUCUACGAUGAAGUUAGGACCAGAGACAAGAAGGGAGUGACUAUUCCCAGUCAGAGGCGAUAUGUAUACUACUAUAGCUACCUUCUGAGGAAUAAGCUGGAGUACAAACCUGUGGCCUUGCUCUUUCACAAGAUGGUGUUUGAGACAGUGCCUAUGUUCAGUGGAGGGACCUGCAAUCCUCAGUUUGUGGUGUACCAGCUGAAGGUGAAAAUUCACACCUCAAACCCAGCGCACACAAGAAGAGAGGAGAAGUACAUGUUCUUCGAAUUUCCUCAACCACUGCCUGUGUGUGGGGACAUCAAGGUGGAGUUCUUCCACAAACAAAACAAGAUGAUGAAGAAGGAGAAAAUGUUCCACUUCUGGGUGAACACCUUUUUCAUCCCUGGGUCAGAGGAGAGCACAGAGAAAGUGGAAAAUGGAGGUUUAGUGAAGGACCUGGAUGGAAUACAAACAGCAGAGAGAGGAGAGAAUGACAAAGACUAUUUAAUUCUUACUUUAAGUAAGACGGAUUUGGAUAAAGCGAACAAGGAUAAAGCCAACAGAUACUUCUCUCCCAAUUUUAAAGUUAAAAUGUUUUUUACGAAAACAGUGGAGGAACCAUCCAACUCAGAGGCCAGCACUUCUACUUCUGUAACCCCGGAUGUUAGCGAUAAUGAACCGGACCAUUAUCGUUAUUCGGACACAACAGACUCAGACCCUGAAAAUGAACAGUACGAUGAAGAACAGAUUACUAAAGUUUGAAAUAUUUUUAUGGGAAGAAAAAAGUAAACAUGCGUAACAGAGUUGUAUAAAGGAGAAAACUUGAAUAUGAACUCAAAGCAAGUACUUUUUUUUUUUUUUUUUUCACCCCUGUUAUUUCUUUCUUUAUUUUUUUCCAACCUCCCCUCAAUGCAGAACUAGAACACAUCACAAAUGCCACCAGUUUACGGACAAAAAUGCUGACUUGUUUUGGUUCAUUCCCCCCCUCCCUCUCCAUGAAGUAUCGACACUGAUGUUCCUUGAGAAAACAGCGUCAGUAGCUAUUAUGUAAAUACAUGUUCACGGCGUAACACAAAAAAGGAAGCCUAGUGAGGAUGGGAGAUUGUUUAUGGGAGAAAUCGAGUGAAGAUCGAAAUUUGCUGCUCCAUCAACCUGUUUGAACCGAGGCCAGUGCUUUAAUCAGCGUUCAUUCCCCAUGUCUGUUCUUCUCUAGUCUCUACCUACUGUGAAACUCUCCUCAUGCUGCUGGAAGGCCACCAUGUGUCAGUCGGGCACUGGAAACUGCACCUUUCACCUUUUGUUUUUAAUUCUGCUUUCAUCAUUAUUACCACUGCUAGUGUGGAGGUGAUAAUGCUUCCUCUAAAUCCAUGACUUCAUGGCAGAAAUCGCUCCACCGUGUAUUCUUACUUUUUUAUGCAAAUAUACACUCAACAGGGAAACCCGUGUUGCAAUAAUGUUGAUCGUGUGCAUGUUAUUGGAAUCCGUUUCCAUGUUGUCCAAUAAAUAGUAUACAUUGUUUUUCUUAAAA